AUGCAGCCGUUGUAUGGAAGCGCAGCGAUACUCUCGUACUUGUUAGGAUGUUCUCUGGGCGGGCCACAGUGCAUCAGGGCCGCACAUAUGUUCCCCAAAGACUAUGACGGCAUUGUUGCUAGCGCGCCCGCCAUCGAUGUCAACAAGUUCUAUUCCUAUCGGGCCACCAUCCCCACCAGUGAACUUAUCACCCCUACUCUGUGGAAAACCAAAAUACACGACGAGGUAUUUCGGCAAUGCGACAAGACUGACGGUGUAGAAGACGGUAUCAUUGAGGACUCUAGUCUAUGCCAGUUCAAAGCAAGUACGCUGCUAUGCCCGGACAGUUCUACCGUCGCCAAUAGAACCGACUGUCUUGCGAGCGAGCAAGUCGACAUCACCUUCAAUCUACAGAUUGACGGCGGAUUUACCGAACGGAAGAGCUCGGCCAACGUCAGGACGUAUUCGGACAACCUCUCGGCGUUCAAGAACAAGGGCGGGAAGCUACUGGAUUCCCACGGCCAUGACCAGCAGAUCUUGAGCUUCCGCACGCCCAUAUUUUAUGACCGUCUGCCCCAGGGCGUGAACCUGGACCAAGCCAGAAUGAACGAGUUCACUCGCUUCUUCCACAUAUCAGGCAUGAAUCACUGCAUGACGGGGCCCGGCGCGCGGUUCAUCGGCCAGGGUGGCGGCAUUGACGUCGCUAUCGCCAGAACUAUAUCUUUUGACAGGGAGCAUAAUGACAGGGUUCCUCCUAAGACCACCACAAGGACCAAGUUUGUUAACAAUACAGCGGCCUUGAGUAUCGAUUUUCAGCGUCAGCAUUGGAAGUCCCCACUUAUUCCCUUACAACUGAAUCCCAAGUACCCGGAUAGCUGGACGUGCAAAGCUCCUUGA